AUGCCAGCUCAUCCCAGCAACGCUGCCAACGCACAACGUGAGAACGGGCGGUGCCACCACCACUACGCCAGAAGCUCCAUUACUCCGGACCGGUGGGGGGCGCUACGGUUCCCGGCCGACGGCGGGGCUCUGCGGAUCCGAGCCGGCUGGCGGCGCAGUUCAGGGAGGCCGGCGGCGGGGCGGGUUGGGCCCUUCUCCGGAAGGCGGAUGUUGUCGUCCACUUUGUGUCUCCGGCUGAAAAUGGCUGCGGUGUUAUUCGAAAAUGCGACGCUGAACUCGCUGCCCGAGAACGUGCUAGUGGAGAUCCUGUCCUACUUGUCCACCCGGGACCUGCUCCGCAUCAGCAGAGUUUGCAAAAGAUGGAGAAGAUUAGCUUAUGACAAAGGACUCUGGAAAGAUGUUAAUUUAACCCCAUACAAGGUAAACUCAAGGAUACUCUGGCACCUGGUCAGACAUUACCUGGGUGGAACUCUGAGGACCCUGAGAAUCAAAGGUGUCCUCCACUCUGUCAAGAAGAAUGAGUCACUAACUGAAGCCUUGCUGUUGGAGAUCGGAAAACGCUGUCCCAACCUGACUGAGCUGCGGCUGAUUGAAAUGAACCUGCGGGGCAUUAAUUAUGAAUGCCUGCCCCCUUCGCUGCUCAGCCUGGAGCUGACACAUUGCGAGAUUCCCUUGCACUGGUUCAGGGCUGCGGCUGCUGCCAAUGGGACCCGUGUGCCGCCUCGCAUCAAGAACCUGGAAGUGGACAAUGUCCCCAACUUCUCGGACCAGCACCUGCAGAACCUUGCGUCCCGUACAGCACUGAAGGUACUGAUCCUGUCGGGCACGUACAGAGUCACUGACUCGGGCAUCGAGAAGUCAGCUGAGUGCCUGUCUGAGGUAGUCCACCUCAAGCUUCACGGCUGCAACAUCUCCGACGAGUCGCUGCGCCACAUCGCUCGGCAUCUGACACAGCUCCGCACUUUGGACCUCACGAACUUCUGUUCUAUGACUGACGCGGGCCUGGCCUGUCUCGGUGACCUGCGCUCACUGCAGUCCCUCUGCUUCGAGUACUGUGACCAGAUCACUGUUGAGAAGCUCUUGGCCGUCUGCACCGGCCUUCCAUCCCUGGCAAAGCUCAACCUGAACGGGAAUCCCUACUCCGAGGGGGACCUGCAGAGAAUCCGACAGAGCUUGCCGAACUGCACCGUUACCAACGAUUUCCCUGCCAUAGAUUCUGUGCCUAAGUUUUAACCGCGGGUUGUAUUUUUCACCCUGGUAGUGCUUUGGCUUUGUCGGGCGGAUUGGGAGCUUGCCAACUGCACUACACAACCUGAGCUGUUCUUUAUUCUCUUGCAUGGAUUUUGUGCGGUCGGUCAGGUCCCAAAAAGCAUAGUGUUUGAAUGGACAGAAGCUCGCUGCUGAACCACUCAUCUCCCAGUCUGGUACCCGUGACACCUCUCUGGUGUGAGGGAGAGUGAGUACCCUGAACGAAUAACGUGGGAGUUUAACUCGGAGUGGGUUCGGAUGAGGCAGAUAGAAACUGCUGAACAGGGGUGAUCUAGGAAGCUGUUUGGUCGCUGACGUCAAGGCAAGAAGGACCUGGUGCUCACUGGCUCUGUCUUUCGGAUUGCGUGCCAAUGGUUUUGAGGUGCUGGGACUGCGGAAGCCAGCACAGAGCUGAGCACAUUACAAGGAGGAAGAGCAUAGAGAUGGAACGCGAACUGAAUUACACUGCAGGAUUGUCAGCAGCCAAAUGCACAAACCCUGGCCUGCUGUGCUGAGCAGUGGCGUGGGGGCUAAUCAAAUGGCUCACGGUUUGCCGGUGGCCCAUGAAGAAUACUUAAAUUGUUCAUUAAAUGUCACACUCAUUCAGCUAGGUAACUUUAUUUGAGAGCUCUGUUUGUGCAUUUUGAAAAAUAAACUUUAUCAUUUGUAACAAUUUACAUAUUUCUCUAUUUCCUGAUAACUGAUGUCCCCUUUGAUUGAGUGCAUUGGCCAUUUGUGGUUUAUCCGUGAGAAAUGCUUCCGAAAUGUUUCUUUACGUUGAGGAUAAUUUUAGGGCAGGAUGGCUUGUUGCAAGGAGUGAUUGAAGCAAAGUCAGUUACAUAAUUUAAGGUAGAGUUUAAUAUUUAAAUAGGAGAGAGAGUGGGACAGGUUAGUGGUGUUGCAAAAACAUCUGCCUCUGAAUUUCUCUCUUCCAUCUAUGGACAGAUUACCCCGAACCUGGCAUGAGUUUCCACGUUCUAAAUGUUGGUGCACAGCUCCAGCCCCUCUGUGCCUUAACUCACUUCUGUGCCAUCUGCAUGUUACAGCUGAGUGUCGUAAGGCUUGAUACUGAGAAGCUUGAACCCAUUCUUUCUCGUGACCAUCCAUGUGCUCUGCUCUUUUGACACUGAUGUUACCCUGCUCUGUAAUGGUCCACACUGUACAGAAAUAGAUUCCACUUACUAAUCUAAUGUCCUCCUAAUUCCCCACAGCAUUCAUUGUAAUAUUUAAUGCCAUCUUCCGCUACCUCUAUCUCCCCUGGUUCUGCAAACAUCUCGGAGCUGACCCACUCAUUACCCCUUUCCCCCAAAGAACCAUUACCAGCAGCCGGGGCAGAGUUGUGACCAUGCUGUGGACCUUGAACGUGGUGCCUCUCCCCCGCUUGUUUCCCUCACAUCUGACAACACAGAGGACACCUGUGUCUCUUUGCUUAUCACAAUUGACUGAAACAAAAUGGGAAAGCAAGAAAAUAAAAUCUAUAAACAAGCCAGGUUAGCAAGUCACAAACAAGAAAACCUGCAGGUGCUGGAAAUCCGAAGCAACACACACAAAAUGCUGGAGGAGCUCAGCAGGCCAGGUGGCAUCUAUAGAUAGGAGUGAACGGUCGAUAUUUUGGGCUGAGAACCCUUCUUGAGGAUUGGAAAGGAAGGGGAGAAGUCAAAGUGAGAAAGGUGGGAGGGGGAGGGGAGGAAGAAGUACAAGGUGGUAGGUGAUAGGUGAAACCGGGAGGGGGCGGAGGGUGAAGUAAAGAGCUGGAAAGUUGGUGAGAGAGAGAGAGCAGGAGGGGGGGAAAUCUGAGAGGAGAGGAUUGAAGGCCAUGGAAGAAAGGGAAGGGAUAGAGCACCAGAGGGAGUUGAUGGGGAAGUGAAUCUUUUGACAGAAAGACAUGAGGGAAAUGAAGAAGGUGAAAAGUAUAAUGAAUUUUGGGGAAUCUAAUGUUGCUUCCUGCCUGUUCAGACCACUGCCAAAAACAGCGUCUUCAUUUUCCUGUUAAUUUAUUUCAACUUAUAUUUCAAUUUACUGACUCAAUCUGAACAGUAUUAGGAAGGUUUUGCUUCAAAGACUUCACAAUGUUUCAAGCUGUUACAUGACACUGCUGCAUUUGUUGAAGCAGUUUAUUUUUGUUCUGGUACUUGGUUUGUGGAGUGCUUUACAAUUAUGCAGUUCCUAUGGUUACCAGUUUGUUUCUAGAGUUGUAAUCUGUCUUGGUAAAAGCACCAGAGGAGAAAUAAAGAUUUCAAUUUUAUGCUUUGUCCAUCUUUCAUUUAUGUUCGCCA